AUGACACGUCACAACAAACCACCAGACAAACCCACCGAGCAGACUGAUCUUCCAGUACCAGACAUCACAACAUGGUUAAAAGCUGUACCUGCCUAUAACACAUGUGACACAAGGGUAUCGGGAGCAAGAUUUCCCAAGAAACCUGGGGGACCACUCUUGUCCCUCGAGACACGUCACUCGGUCGACUCACCAUUGACGUCAACGCCCACGAGUCCGGUACCAUCCGUCACGGCUCACCGCCUGACCAAACCACUGAAGGAAUCCACUAUCUGGUAUCCCCCAACAGAAACUAGCCAAAGCUUUAGUUACCUACAACAUUCGCAACUAAACACGCAUGCGCGGAUGGUUAAGUGGUAUAAUCUUCGCCUGCCACGCGAAGGGCCCGGGUUCGAUUCCCGGUCCGCGCAACUUUUGCAGUUAUAG